CUUAUCUCCUCUCUCAUCACAAGAGUUCAUCAAUCAUCACACUCGAUUGCACUUGGAGCCGGCAUCGAGAUUGCAUCAUCAGCUCAUCGAUCCGGCCACAUCGUGCCACGAGGGAAUGGACAACAAUGAAGUGGAAGUGCCUCCAUUCUUCCUCUGCCCCAUCUCGCUGGAGAUCAUGAGAGAUCCGGUCACCGUCUCAACGGGGAUAACCUAUGACCGAGAGAGCAUCGAGACAUGGCUGUCCACGUCCAAAAAAAGCUUGUGCCCCGUCACCAAACAGCUGAUCUCCGAUGCAGACCUGACCCCGAACCACACCCUCCGCCGCCUAAUCCAAUCGUGGUGCACCCUCAACUCGUCGAACGGCAUCGAGCGAAUCCCAACCCCCAGGGCUCCCAUCAGCAAAGCCCAGAUCACUGAGAUCCUGCGAGAUGCCGAGAAGCCUCAGCUCCAGCAGAAGUGUCUUAGGCAGCUGAGAUCUAUCGCUUCUGGUAAUACUUCGGCCAAGCGUUGCAUGGAAGCUGCCGGUGCCAUCGAGUUCCUGGCCUCGGUGAUAAAAACCACCUCACAAGAUCAGUCGUCAGCAUCAGAAGAUGGGUCACUGCUCGACAUCAAGAAACCGAGAGAUGAUGCGCUGUGCAUCCUCUACAAUCUCCAGCUCUCCGAGCCGAGCCUAAAGAGCCUUGUGGCCAAGGAUAGUGAGUUUACUGAGUCGCUCACACACAUCAUGCAGAACAGGCCUUACAAGUCGAGGGCGUAUGCGGUGCUGCUGCUCAAGUCAAUGUUCGAGGUCGCCGAGCCGAUGCAGAUCAUCACGUUGAGGCAGGAGUUCUUCACCGUGGCAGUCCAAGUCCUGCACGACCAGAUUUCUCAGCAGGCCACCAAGGCCACGCUGAAGCUACUGAUAAACUUAUGCCCUUGGGGCCGAAACAGGAUCAAAGCCGUCGAGUCCAGGGCAGUCUCUGUAUUGAUCGAGCUGCUUCUUGAUUGUUCUGACCGCAGGACCUGCGAAUUAAUGUUCAUGUUGUUGGAGAUGCUAUGUCAAUGGGCCGAGGGGAGAUCGGAGUUGCUAAGGCACGGAGCGGGCAUCGCAGUCUUGUCGAAGAAGAUACUUAGGGUUUCGCAUGUGGCUAGCGAGAGGGCGGUUCGAAUUCUGCUCUCUGUCUCCAAGUUCUCGGCAACGGCAAGCGUGGCGAAAGAGAUGUUGCAGUUGGGCGUUGCCUCGAAGCUGUGUUUGGUUCUGCAAGGGGACUGUGGGAGGAAGAUCAAAGAAAAGGCGACUGAGAUACUGAAAUUGCACGCCAGGGUUUGGAAGCACUCUCCUUGUAUACCCUCCAAUUUGCUCUCUUCAUACCCAUCUUGAAAGUGGACCACUUGUUGUACCAAAUCAAUCGUGAUCAAGGCAAGAGCUUCGACAGUAUUUCAAUGGACGAGCUCAGUGACAUGUUCUCCUACUUGGAGGAACAAAAGAUGGCGUCAAACAAAAGGAUCGAGUAUACUUGGGAAGUUUCUGAUCCGUCGGGCCGCUUUGGCUUGAUGGUAGAACGGACGGUCCGAGUAGAGGGCAACAACAAGCCUCGAGCAUGGGGUCGAUUGUUCACCGAUACGACGAGCCACAGCAGUGCUUUGGCAUGCUAAGCAUAAAGAACUACCUGAUGUGGCCACUAUACCCAUGUCUUCACAAUACUGUUUCGCAUGACUUUGAAACUGUUACGAAAGUCAGUAAUUUGAAGACGAUCAUAAGUGUUUUGAACAAUGAGAGGGUGACGGUCCGUUACUCUUAUCGCCAGCAACCGACCCACCAUAGCCACAAAAUAAUUUGCUGAGAACCGGAUGACUUACUCAUCAAGUGUUAGAAAAUUAAAAUAUAAAAAUAAAUUUGUUCUUCUUAUGUUUCUUUGUAUAAGAGACAAGUCGUGUCGAGUAAAAAAAAGUGAAUCUAUAGGGAUUGUACCCCUCAAUUUUUUUCUUCUUCUAGGGGACAGAGUUGUGGAUU